GCUUGCUAUUUAACGUCAUUCGAGUGUGUAUCUUUAGGUUCCUUCUGUUUUGAAACCCAAGCAAGCUUCGGGAAUUUGUUCUUGUGCCCUGAUUAAGUUUAAAUAGUGUUUCUAGUGAUAAACUCGGUAAUCCAACAAGAUGGAAAAAAGAAUCGCUCUGGAACUACGCGGAAGGAACCCGUCGCAGAUCAAAGAAUUAAACUUGGACAACUGUAGAAGCACAACUAUAGUGGGCCUCACAGAUGAAUAUAUAAAUUUGGAGAUUCUCAGUCUUAACAAUGCUGGUCUCACAACACUAAAGGGCUUCCCGACACUACCCAAACUGAGGAAACUUGAACUUUCUGAUAACAGAAUAUCUCAUGGGCUAAACUUUUUGAAUGGUUGCAAAAAACUUACACAUCUUAACCUUUCUGGGAACAAAAUUGCAAACCUAGAAACAUUGAAACCUCUAGAGGAGUUUGAGAACUUAAAGAAUCUUGAUCUAUUUAACAAUGAGGUGACCAAUAUUGAAGACUACAGGAACAGAGUGUUUGCUUUGCAUCCAUCCCUGAAAUACUUAGAUGGAUUUGACAAAGAAGACGGAGAGGCCGAGGAUAGCAGUGGAGAGGAAGAAGAUGAAAUGAAUGGCAACAAUGACAGCGAAGAAGAAGAUUCAGAUGUUGAUGAUGAAGAAGAUGAUGAUCUAUCACUAAGUGCUGUCUACAAUACUAAAUUAGAGGAAGAGAGUUCAGAGGGCUCCCUGUACGAAGGUAGUGCAGAGGAAGAGGAGGUGGAAGAAGAAGAUGACGAAGAUGGGGAUGGAGAUAAUGAUGCAGACAAACCAAACUCCAAAGCACAUGCCGGAAAAGAGAACUCUCACGGUGAGCCCGAGGAAAGCACUCGGGGCAAGAAACGAAAACACGAAGACGAAGACGAGAAUUGAUCGUGGUUGCCUUACGCGGAGUCAUCUUACUAGUUCGUAAGUGUACAGAGCUCCGAGACAUCGGACAAUAAACCUUGACGCUAUCCGACCGCGGAUGAUAAGAUUGCCCUUAUGUAUUUCCCCUUACCUUCAUCCCAUAAAGUACAAGAAAUUUUGUAAUAUCCCUCAUUAUGUUUAAUUUAUGGCACUAUUAUAUAAAGUUUACGAUAAAAUUAUGUUAUUAGUUUUAUUUUUCGAAUGCACAAAUGCGCCCAUAUUUAAUGCGUUCAGGUGCUUUUGAAUGCUGUUUUUAUAUAAAUCGUAACUCGUUGCCAUUUAAUUUGUAGAUUAGAUAUCAGAUUUUGUGGCAAGUUUUGUUUGCACAAAUAACUGACUGUUUUCACAUAACUUACUAUAUGUUAAUGCACACAGACAUGACACUCAUCUCGCUAAACUACAUAUUUUACUCAUGUUGUUACAGAAAAUAUAACACGAGAAAUAAACUGCUUAUUCAAAGCCCUGAACCUAUUAUCUCCUUUACGAGAAUGCAUUAAACUGGCAUGUUCAAGUAUUCAAGAGUCUCUCAAAUAUUACAGUAAACUUAUGGUGAGCUUUUAUUUAUGCUACUGAGGCAGCAAAAUUUUGAUUGACUUUGGUCUAUUUGAACCAUAUGUAUCAUGUUACUGUAAUUUCGUAGGUAAGUUGGAAUAUCACUAAUAAAGUAUAAGGCACACUUGUAUUAAUAAAUGCGAGAUUACGAUCGUGUUAUUCUUUAUAAUCUCAUUAAUAUAUUGACCGUGUUUGGGUUAAUAAGUUCGCCGGGUACAGAGUGUUGUCAUUUGUGAGAUAGGUCAUUCCAAAGCGCUCACCUUGUGUUGUUACCGAAGUUUCUAUGUGCCAGUUUGUGGGAAUAUUUUAUCACCAUUUUAGGGCUGUUGUACCUUUUAGUGUUUGUUGUCCGACAAG